AUGAAUUUCAAAUACGAAAUUUGUAAAUUUUAUGAUUGUCCUGAAAAAAUAAUACAAGUGCGCCGAACUGUAUUCAUUGAAGAACAGAAUACACCCGAAUCCGAAGAGUGGAACGAUAACGAGGAAUUGAACUCGAUAUAUUGCAUUUGUAUUAUAGAUGAAAAAAUCGUCGGAUGUGGAAGAAUAAGGAGUUAUGCUCAGGACAUUUACAAAAUGGAAAGAAUCGCGGUUUUGAAAAAUUUCCGUGGCCGGCAUAUAGGUCGAGAAAUCGUGCGCCGUCUCGUCCGACACUCUUCACGAUUAAACGAGGAAUGCUCGAUUAUUGCUUAUGCCCAGGUAGCAGCAUUGAGUUUAUACCAAAAACUAGGAUUUAUUGUCGUUUCAAAUUCAUUCCUUGAUGUCGACAUCGAGCACAAAACAAUAUAUUAUUCAACUCGCGACGGUUUGAAACAUUUUGUGAAUAAUCAUGAGGAACAAUCUUCGUGUAAAUACUACGAAAUAUUUCAUCCAUCAUGCAUGAAACAAUUGCGCGAAAUGAAUGAAAGACUUCAAUGCUACCGAACCCUGAAUAUUCAUGCAUUAUCGCUGAUGCUCGACGCCACAGAUCUUCCAAAUAUAAUUUGCUCCAGGUUCUCAAAUUUUGUAAUAAUUGCAUUACAAGCCCAUGGUAGAGAAAAUAUUGAAAAUAAUGAAAUGGAAGACAUAAUGAGUUUGGGAAAUGAGCUUUUAUUUCUUGCCGACGAGGAAUUGAACACUGGCCAUUAUCGAAAUGUGAAAGAUUGCUGGAGAUAUCUCUAUGGAGCUGUUCAAUGCGUUCGGUGUUUCCUUUUUGUGAAAUGGAAAGAGAUUCAGAGAGCUUUGAAAUGUGCCGAUUACGGUUUGUGUAUGGGUCUUGUCGAUGAAUCAAUAUUGCCACUGAGAAAAUUCACAAAUGCUUUGCAUUCUUCACUUCCCGUACCUGAUUCUGGAAUUAUCAAUCCGCAAUAUUUUGAAAAAUGUGAAUUAAGUAUAGCAAAAGUGUAUCCUACAAUACCUCUGAAGGAAAUUACUAAUGAAUGCGAAGAGACAAUCAUCAAAUAUUGUCAUCACGAAAAACCUUUGAUCAUCCGCAAUAUAUAUAAUAAAAUGGAAGCGGUUCAAAAAUGGAAUUUUACUUAUUUUUUCGAAAAAAUGCAUGCUAGGACUUUCCCGGUUGAGAUCGGAUCAUCUUAUUCGGCUGAAGGCUCUUCCCAAAAAAUGAUGUCUUUCAAGGAUUUUCUAGUGAAUCGUAAUAACGAGACGCUUUAUUUGGGUCAACACAACAUUUUCAAACAAAUCGAAUUUUUGUUGGACGACAUCAUCAUUCCAAACAUUUGUUUUUACAACGAUAUCAAUAUCGAAAAUGUUGAAAGAAAUACGUGGAUUGGUCCGGCUAACACGAUAUUUGGAAAGAAGUUGAUUCGUCUUUGUGCACCCAAAUGGGGAAGAAACAUGUAUCCCAUUGAUGGGAUUCUCAGCAAUACUAGUCAGAUCGACGGCGAAUUCCCGGAUUUUGAAAAGUUUCCCAAAUUUGGCAAAGUUGAAGAAAUAUUUGAAACCGUUGUUGGUCCCGGUGAUGCACUAUUCAUUCCACGUGGAUGGUGGCAUAUGGUAAAAAGUCUCACGCCGUCGAUAUCGCUCUCGCAUUGGUUCGAUUGA